AUGUCAGGUUUAGUUGUGAUAAAUCCAAAAAGUGCAAAAAUUCUUAUUUUCGAUUUACCAAAUCUUCCAACAAAUGAAUUAAAUAAUUUGAUAAUACAUUGUUCAACAAUUAAUCAUUUUGUAUUUCAAAUAGAAACAUACAAAGAUUGUAUUCUUAUUAUUGUUUGUGCAUCUGAUAAACUUCUACAGUUAGUUCCUGAAUUAUCAACUAGAAAUUUCGAUUCAUUAUACAUUCUAAAUAUUGGUGGAAAUAUCAAUGGGAUAAUUGGAAAUUGGUUAUCAAAAACAACAACUGUCUAUAGUGAAAAGGAAUUAAUGCGUCAUUUAUGUACUAAAAUUAUGCUUUGUUAUUAUAGUGAAGGCAUUGAACAUAAACAAAAUGGUGAUAAUGGUAUUGCUAAUACUUGUUUUCUGGAUUCAAUACGUGUAUUGAAACUUGCAGCCAUGUUUAUUUAA